AAUGGAUUUGUCUGAAAAGCAACACAGUAGCUUGCCUAGUCCAAUGGCUGAGGCAUCCUUCUUGUCUCGUCUCACUUACUGGUAAUCAUAAUUUAAUUAUGAGAUGUUAAUAGACAUGGUUGAUUUUAGAAUUAAGGUCCAUGUACGUCUACGGCUAAGCGUUUGAGUACGUUUGUACACAGUCAUUCAUUUUCAUAUUUACUCACGUUGAGAAUAAGUUUAUUUUUACCUAAGAACUGUUAGUUAAAUGCAUUUCAAUUGACACAUUUCAACUUGAGUAGUUGAAAAGUAAAUUAAUUAUUUAGUACUGUGUGGUCAAGUCCACUUGCUACACAUUCAUGAGCCUAUGCAGUGAAGUAACAGUUCAUGAGGUAUAUGGCCUCUGAAUCAAUAUCAACAUGACUGCUGACUGAAUUCGGAUUGGCUCAACCAUUUUUGAGCAUGUCUCAGGUGAUAAUAUUUACGGCUCUAGACCGCCUUUGGUCUGUAUGCAGAACUUCACAGGAACGCAGGGAAAUGCAAAUAAGGAAGACUGGAAGUUUAAGAUGGUAAUUUCCAUAAUCAACUUGGAAAGGGCUUAGAGGUGAUUAGCCCCAUGCCUUAUGCCCAUGGCCCAUGGCCCACACCUGACCCCCAGCCCCCAACCCUUAAUCACCAACCUUGUUGCCAAGCCCCAACCCCCAUUCCACAACCUAAUGUUGAUCCCCAGCACCAACCUGUAAUCAUUAACCUCUUUCCUCUUGUUUCCUAAAAAGAAGUUCCUUCCUUGCUAAGUUCAUUUGGAGUUCAGAGCAGCUACAGGACCAAAGCAAAACUGGUCCUAGUAUGUUUAAUCAUUAUAGUUUACAUCUUUUACUUGUUAAUAAUGAGAGAUAGGAGGAUAGAAGAGAACAGUGUAUACAAUGGGAGAAAAACUGAAAUUCUAAACUUCACUCUUCAUCAAUGCUAUAAAAAUGAAUGUAUUUAUUUGUUUGCUUGUGUAGUUUGAUCGUCUGGGUGAAGGAACCCAGGCUUAUAACACUGGACUGACAAUUACUCCUCACUUGAUGCUGAUGAUGAUUUCUGCUUAGGCUGUUGAAAGCUUGUCAGUAGUACUACCUGUAAUAACAUUUCUUCACAGGACUAUCCUCAUGAGGACUGUCAGACUGCAUGAUCAAAUGCAAUCCCUGGGUUCAAACCAUUUACUUUACAUUUUUUACUUGUAUGUUGCAGUAUAGGGGCUGGCUUUAGAUAACAGUAUAGUGUCCAUCAAGGAGUAAAUUUCUUUUGACAAAUCUUGUUCUUUAUUUUGCAAGGUGGCUUAAUGGACUUUUUAGUAAAGGAUAUGAUAGGCGCUUGGAGCCUCAUGACUUGUAUCAAGUACUCAAGGAAGACUCUGCAGAAACAUUGGUGGCAGAUUUAGAGAGGUUGGUAGGAAAAAUAAACAAUGAUAUGUGACCUUUAAAAAACAGUUAAGGUUAGAGAGGUGAAAAGCAGUUGUAGAAAAAGAAACAUACAAGCGAUUGAUUCUGAUAAAUUAUAAUUAACUUAUAAACUCUAUGUUAAUGUUAGAGCUUGUAGAUUAUAUCUGGACAUGCAACACUAAUAAAUAAUGCAUAACCCCCCUGACUGGGAGACAGUUUCACUCUACUCUCAUGAUAAGUUAUGUUGAAUCAGGUUAUCAAAAUGGCUGUUAUAGGUGGUGCCUAAUCACAGUACCUUCUUGGUUUCUUACACCAAGGCAAUUGCACUUUUUGUUUACAGUGGCCAAAUUAUUCAAGGUUUUUACUGCCCACUUUUUAUUUAUCAGACUUGUGACUUAUAUCCAUUUUUAGGAAAUGUUGAUGUUAGUGGCUUUUUUCUUUUUUUUUGUGUGGUCUCUAUGAUAUUACUCAUUUUAUUAAUUUUUAUAGUGAGUGGUCCAAAGAACUUGCAGCUGCAGCAUUUUCAUCCAGAAAACCAAGUUUGGGUAAAGCUGUAGCAAAGUUUGCUCUUAUAGAGCUGGUAUAUGUUGGGAUCUUUGGCUUCCUUAAUGUAAGUUUCUUGACCUGUCACAUCCAAAAACAACUUGGAAAAUUAAUUAAGUAAUUAACUUUUUUAACAUUUAUGUCCUUACAAUUGUUCAAUGACAAUAAAAAUGGAUGAUUAUAUGCAUGUAUGGCCAUUUGUAUUGUAUAACAGUACAAAGUAAGAGUGUAUCACUUUCCUUCAGUACACUACCAUAAUAUUACUAAACAUAUUGGCUUUCCUCAAUAUUGAUAAUUGUCACAGUACUCUACAUGAAUUUUAGAUAGACAAUAUACCAAUUACAGGUGGAGAGAAAGUUUGGUUGUGACAGUUGAACCUUGAUUAUACAGACCUGGUUUAACUGAACCUGCCUCUCUGGUCCUUUUUUUUUAUUAAUAAUUGGCCAUAUUCAAGAUUUGACAUAACUUUUUUCCAUCAAACAGAGCACUUGUAAUGAAGCAACAUUGAAUGAAGUAAUGUUGAUGCUAUCUUAUUAAUGGAGCUUCAAAGAAUGAUAGAUUUAGUGAUGUGCUUAGGUGUAGAAACUUGAAACAAACUGGUUUACAUCAUUAUUUUAGGUUAUAAACUUGUUAGUUAACUUUAAUAAUUUUUUGCAAAUGUUGACUAUGAUGCACAGAAAUUUAAAUGGUACAUAGUCAGUUUUACUGUUGGCUCAUUAAUAUCUUUGAUUAUCUGGACUAUUUAGCGAAGUCCCUAUGAGUGUGGAUAAUCAAGGUUCAACUGUAGGUUGAGAAAGCAGAUUUUGGUAUGCAAGUUUACUCAUGCAAUUGGAGAAAAUAAUUUUUUAAAAUGUAGUCAGUCAUUAAAAAUUAUAUAUCUUUCACUGUUUGCAGCAGAUUUGAUUUAAAAGAAUGAUUAAGUUGUAAGUUUCUCUCUUUUUUUUUUCUUUCAUACAGGAAAGCAUCAGGACUGUUCAGCCUAUCUUCCUGUUUUAUCUUGUGUCAUAUUUCAGUCCCAACCCAAGUGUAACAAAGUUGGAAGCUUAUUUUUAUGCUGUGGCUGUUACAGUAGCCUCCACACUGUCUGUUAUUCUUCAUCAACUGUACUUUUUUAAUGGUCACAGAGCUGGAAUGCAUUUAAGAAUAGCAACAACUGGAUGUGUUUAUAGAAAGGCAAUUGCUUCACUAUGCAAACAUUACAUAAUUUAUUGAACCUAACUUAAUAGUGUUCAUAUUACAUAAAAUGUAGCUUAAAGAAAUCUUCAAAGAAGGUUGACUCUGACCACAAGCCUCCCAAUUGUGGAAUGUGGGUAUUUAUUCUUUCUUUCUUUGUUUUUUGGUUUUUUGGUUCAUAAUCCAUGCAAUCAUAGCCAUAUUUAGCUGGGAAACUUGUUUACUUGAUGAUAGUUGAAUCGUAUCCCAUUUUUUCUCCCUCAUCAAUUUGAUUACUUGAUCUAUAUAAUACAUCUAAACAAAUGGGCACUUGAUGUGAAAGGUAAUGCAAAGGUGAAAUGAAGACUUUGGAAAUUUUGACAGCAGCUAUUUUGCUUUCCUGUUGAAAAUUGUCCCUUUAAUCAAUUCUGUCAACACCUUUUUGAUGAGAAAAGAAAAGGUACUAUAUAUAUAUAUAUAUACACACAUAUAUAUUUAUAUAUAGUAUUUUAUGCCAACCUUUCAUGCUACCUAUAAUAAAAAAAAAUGAUAUUGUAAAUGCAAGUGGUCACUUUCUUGAUCUGCGCAACUGAAUUUUACUUGUGUGCAUUUUAGUCUUUGAGACUGGGUCAAGGAGUCACAACUGGUCAUGUAGUCAAUCUUGUGUCCACUGACACACAGAGCUUUGAUCGGGUAAGAUGUAAUUUGGUUAAGGUUAAUUUCUGCAGGACUGUCAUAUUUUUGAUCAUUUUAUUUAUUUAUAAUAUUGAUAAUGAAAAUUUUUUUUAAGUUGUUAUUUAUUCAUUAGUUCAUCGUUUAUUAAUAUCUGUUUUCCUGUGUUUUGAUUCAGUUUGUUACUUAUUUGCACUUUAUCUGGAUUACUCCUGUUCAAAUGGUUGCCACAAUGUACUUGCUGUGGAUUCAGUUAGGAGUUUCUUGCUUUGUACCUCUGGCACUUAUGCUCCUCUUAAUAAUUUAUCAGUCACAUCUUGGUAGAGUGUUUGCUAUGUUGAGGUGAGACAGAACCAUCUAGAGAGCUAAGUGUCAAUUGUCAAGUUUUCAUUGAACUCUAAUUUUUUUUUUUAAAUUAAUGUAAAAGUACCUUUAAUGUGUUUAUUCUUUGACUUGUGAUUCCAGUGGAGGGUUGCUGUUCGAUACUUGCCAACCUAGUAGAGUGCAAACUAUUUUUGGAUGUAGACUGAUCAUUAACUUAGUCAGAAUUAAUAUCAUGAUCUCACCCAGAUAUUCUAAUAACUCAAAUGGCUUACUGUAAUUUGUGAAACAAAAUGAAAGGAAAUGAAAAUCUGUAAUUUGUGAAAUGGAAAUCUAGAAGGAUAAAUCGGUCAGUUCACCACAAGUGUGCAUUGUAAAUGCAAACCAGUGAAAGUGUGAAAUGAAAAUCUCUUUGGUGUACAUAGUGAAAUCGUCACUUUGUUCAUGAAUGAAUCAAUGCGUCAGCUAUGUGAAAGAAGAAUUGUGCCACUAAGCCAGAAAUUCAGAAAACUACCUGGUGCUGUGGCUGUGCUGUUUAUUUUAAAAGGUGUAAUCAAUGUACAUAGCUAAUCAAGAAUUCAAAUGCGUGACAUGAUACUUUCCUGACUGGAAUACACUUGGAAAAUGUUGCAGCCAAAGGUGUAUGCAGCAUGUUUGUGAGUGAAAUAUCAUGCAUGGUGGGAAAAUGAAACUGACCCAAGCUCUUUGAUAUUCUGGAUUGAUUUACGCACCAGUUGUAAUUUUUAACCCAGACAUCGGUGACAAAGAUUGGUGUGACUUUUGAACAAGUAGAAACCUAAGCUAACUUUACCUUGAGUGAACUCGGGUAAAUUUUUCCUCACAAAUACACCAUCAAAGCAAGCAUCCUCCUUAUGCAAAAUACAGAUUUAUAUUAUGCAAAUUACAGAUUUUUAUUUCUCAAGUUACACAUUUACAGGUGUUCAUUUUGCAAAUUUCAGAUUUUCAUUUCAUGAAUUACAGAUUUUCAUUUUGCAAAUUACAGAUUUUCAUUUUGUUUCACAAAUUACAGUAAGCCUCUUAAAUAUGAAUAAAUAUACUAAUGUUUUCGUGGGAGAUCUUCAAAGUAGCUCUAGAGAGCUAUUCAAAUUAUUAAAAUCACUGCAAAAUGUGUUAAAUGAACCAAAGAAAAAGAUUAAGAUAAGGUAGCUUAACUGGAAGACAAGGUGUGAAAAAUAUUUGGUGAAUGAAAAAUUUUUUUGAGAUUUUAAGACUGAUGAGCUACUGCAUCAAGUUGCAGAAGCUAGUUAGUAUAGAUUGAAGGAGUACAAAUGGCCCAUGCAAUGGCUCUGACCUCAACCAAGAAGUAUUUUGAACCUAAUGAAAGGGCAUAUUCUGAAAUUUCACCUUUUUUUCUGUAUAUCUAAGGAUUGUUUAUAUAAACUACCAUUUUCAGUUAAAACACUGGUUAAUAAAUGCAUAUCAAAUGCAGUUGUAAACCAUGUGCAUAAUGAUACUUGACCAAAACAGCAAAUACAAAAAAAUUAGUGGAAGAUAAAUGUAAACUAAUUGACAUUUUGCAUUGACAUGCAAGUUACAUUUGUUCUGUCUGUGUUGCCAAGAAUAUUUCAAAUGGUACAAGUAGCUGUGUACUUAAUAUUCAGUACUUAUACCAAAUUAAAUUAUCAUUAUUAUUUAAACUGUUUCCCUCUAGACUUAAGACAGCAAGGCUAAGUGAUGAAAGAUGCAAUAGAAUGAAUGAAAUAUUAUCUGGAGUAAGGGUUGUAAAGAUUUCCACUUGGGAAUUGUCAUUCAGCAAAAUAAUCAAUAACUUAAGAAGGUGAGUAAGGACUUUUCCAGUAUCAUCCCUGCAUGAAUAAAUUCAAAUGUUUUAGAUUUAAUUUUGUUCUGAAACUUAAAUAAAAGUACACAUUAAUACUUAUAUAUUAGGUGUGCCUUGUUGCUCAUUACCUAUGAGUGAUAAAUCUGAAUAACCCUGAACACUUACUCUCUCUUCAGUAGCUUUGUCAUGUACAUUUGCCUAAAUUAUCAAGAUCACAAUAUGUGAGUGACUGACUUUUUUCCUUUCAUAUGAUCUAGUUAGUGGUUACUUAAUUGAUAUUGUGAUUGAUAAGCUGCUUGUCAUUCCAUUCUUGAAGUGUUAGCAUUACGACUGUUAUCAUAAACGUUUAACUUAGUUAUAAUUGGGGUGCCUCAUAUGCUAAAACAAGUGCAUUUUUUCCCUCCACUGAAUUCCUUACAAGACAUAAUGUCGGAGUAAUACAUUUUCAUGAAUUCAAUUAUAUUGUUGUUAUUUAGUAAUGCAUCUUACUGUGUCAGACAAACACAAUGGCAUUGCAGUUUUUUUUCUUCCCAUUAUUUUUCACAGUCUAGAAAUAUCAAAGAUUAGGAAAGCUAUGUUUCUGCGAGCCCUCAACAUGGCUGUGGAUUUUGCCUCACAGAAUAUCAUCAGCUGUGUAACUUUUGGUAGUUAUGUGUUACUGGGAAAUACAUUGACUGCUGCCAAAGUUUUCAGCUCCAUUGCAUUUUUAAAUGCUCUUCAGAGAUCAGUGACCAGGCAUUUCCCUCCAGCAGUUCAGAAGCUGAAUGAGGCAAAAAUAACAGUAAAGAGAAUCCAGGUGAAUAUGUCUAGCUUGUUAAGUACAAUUUAUGGUACAUUAGCUUUUUUGGCAUUAAGGAAAAUUGAUUCAUGGGUCAACCUGAGUUAAUCAAGACAUGAAGCAUGCAGAAGGUUUGGAGGGCAUGAAAGAUGCAAUACAGGUGCCAAAAUUGUUUCUCUGGAUGAACAUUCAGCUGAUGCAUCAGAACAAAUUGGUCUAAAUAACUUUUUCAUGCACCAGUCGAUAAUGGGCCACAACUAGGUAAUGGGUCACAGACAACUUUUAUAUAAUUUGUUUUAACAAAGUAGAACAAAUUGCAAUAAUCAAUCACUCCUGCUGACAUCUAAGAAUAUGAUUGUUUUUUCCAUGUGGUAUGGCAGUAAGGCUUAGCUUGUUACUUGUUGAUGUGUGACCAUACUCACUGUUUAUAUUGUUUUUGUUGUGUUUGCAAAAUAGGUUUUAUCAUUACUAGAUCACCAUAAUUUGUUUUCAUCAAAAAAAUGCUGUAGUUCAUGCUGUUGUGUGAUAACAAUGACCCAUGACCUAUGACCUGUGACCCAUGACCUGUGACCUGUUAUCUGCAUUUUAGACCUGCUGUCAGUCAAUUACUCUCAGCACAAUUGGAGACAGUUUGUGUAAAGUUAGGGUAUUCUUUGGAAUCUCUAGGUUCUGGAAUAUGCAUGUACUUCUUCCACUUAAAAUAUCUGUGAAGUUACUUGCCUUUUGAUAAUUUCCAGGCUGUCCCAUGCCCACAAGUCAUUCCAAGUGACACAUUAUAUAAAAAGAGUUUAACCCUGUCAAGUUUGAUUUGUUAUGUUUGAUGUUUUCUCUGAAGGAAUUCUUGGAGCUGGAUGAAUUAAAUUUUGAAAAAAUACUGCAAAAGUCAAAUAGGUCAGGAAAAUCUGGUGUGGCUGUGCACAAUGUGACAUGCAACUGGAGUCAGGUUAGAGUUUUGAAUUGAUAUUUUGUAAAAUAUGUUUGUUUUCACUUCCAUCAAGUGAUGUAUAUUUACUUGACUUCAUCCUAGGACAGGAUUAAUAGAGCCACUCUACAGGACAUCAGCUUUAAAGUAGGAAUGGUAAUACUAUCUGAUUAUCUGUCAUUUCUGUUUAUUUAGUUUCAGCACUGAACCAGUUUUGCCAGGUAACAUCUUUUGAUGUAAAUAAUUGGUUUUCAGAUGAACAAAUGGAUUCCAUGUUGCCAGGCAUGGAUUUUCAUUAAUGAACCCCAGGUGAUGUUAACAUGCAGUGAGAACAAAAAAGUAACACAUGAGAUGCAGGCGAGUGUGUCACUAAUAUUCUUAUCAUAUUUCAGCUCCCUCUGUGAUUUAUUACAGAGGCAUGGCAACAUGGAAUCUAUUUGUUUUAUUUGAUGAAAAGGCAAUAGUUAAUGACAGGUGAUCUUCACAUUGAAGAUUAUUAUGUUUUCAUGUAAAAGCUCACUUGGUAUUUCAUUGGACAGGUGUUUGUAUAAUAAAGGUUCUUACUUAUGAUCUAUUGCAGGACAAAUGUACAUGAAGUUAUUAUCAACUGUUGCCUCUUUAUCAUAUAAAAUAAAUAGAUUCCAUGUUGCCAUGUGUCUGUACUAGGUCACAGAGGGAGGCAAAAUGUGAUAAAAAUAUUAGUGACACACUCACUUGGAUCUCAUGUGACACUGUAAUUAAACUUCUCACCAAAUGUUAAACAUGUCAACAUGUUAUCUUCACAUGUGAAAAGAUCACUGUUGCUAAGAUUAAAUAUAGUGACACUUUGUUCUACUUUAAAAUGAAAUAUUAAAGUGAAUUGAUUUAGUAUUUCCUUGGUGUUUAUUUAAUAAAAAGAAUAUUACAUGGCAGCUUGGAGAUACAAUAUUUCUCAUCUGAUGUUGAAACAUAUUUCUCUUCUUCUCUUUGCUCACCUGUGAAAUAUUCUUUAACACUCAAGGAGAAGUUUCUCUAAGCAGCCAUGUAAUAUCCUCUAUAUAUCAAUCCCUGCAUAAUUCAGCUUGUAUUAAAUUAUAAUGAAUGUUAUAUUUUUUAUGGAAAUAGGGAGACCUUUGCAUGGUUGUUGGACCAGUUGGUUCUGGAAAGGUAUUAUGGCUAACUUCUGGUGUACAAUUAGCAGCACAUAAAACAGGUCAUAGUUGUAAUGGCAUGUCUUUAUAAUUUCCACGCUGUCCCAUGCCCACAAGUCAUUCCGAGUGACACAUGAUAUAAAUAGUGUCAUACUUAGUAGAGUUUAGUUAUUAUAAAAGUACUGAUCCUACCACUGCUUGAAACAUAACAAACACAGCCCAUUUUCAAAUAUUUUAGUGGAGAUUAACCCUUUCAUUACCAAUAUUCAUUAAUAAUUCUUCUUACUGUCUGCCAUACAAUUCUUAUGAUGUUAAUUAAGAGAAUUUGGUAUUAGAUCAACUAUGUGUGAUAAUCCCCUAAUUGAUGUUUCUUUUUAUUCUCAUCACAUGUCUGCUUGAUGUUGUGUUGAUAUGGUUAUAUGGUUAGCAGAAAUUUUGUCUUGGUCACUCAUGGGAGUUAACCCUUUAACCCCCAAGAUCUCAUUGGUGAUUCUCCUUACUGUCUGCCAAAUGAUUUUCAUUAUGUUAGUUUGGAGAAUUUAGUAUUGAAUCAAUAAGUAGUCCCACAUUGAUAUUUUUCUUUAUUCUUAUCACUUGUUUGCAUGGUAUUUUAUUGAUAUAGUAAGGAGAAAUCCUGUCUUGGUCACUUGUGGGAAUUAAAGGGUUAAAGGUUUAAGUUAAACAAAUCAAUUUUCAUUUGGAUGCUUUUAUCUGGUCUAGUCAAUAUUUAUGCCACCAACAGUUUUGACCCUUCUCUGGGAAAUAACAAAUCUUGUGUAUCAGUAUAAAAUAUCAGUAUAAAAUGUUUUAAAAUUUCUUUGUUGGGAGCUAUGUUACAUGAAUGAUGUGUACUGCACAGUAAAUUAAUCAAGUUGUUGAUGUAUUACUUCAUAGUCUUCUUUGUUAAUGAUGCUGCUGGGUGAGUUAUGCAUUACUAAAGGAAACCUACAGAUCAAAGGCAGAAUUGGUUAUGUCCCACAGCAAGCCUGGAUUUUCUCUGGAUCAGUGAGACAGAAUAUUGUAUUUGGACAGACAUUUGAGGCAGACAGAUAUGAUAAUGUUAUCAAAGCAUGUUCCUUAAAACAGGUAAAACUGUUGCCUUGAUCUCUUUUGAUUUCUUUGAACCUAUGUUGCUGUGUUCUAGUUUAUAAUUAGUUGUUGUAUAAUUGUAUAAACAUUUAUUUUUCAAGCAAUAUACUCAGUUUUUGUUGAAUUUCUACAAGAUCUUUUUGCAUUUACAACUCCACUGACUCAUUUCUAUAACUUACAUGCAGCUGGCUCUUUUAUUAAAAUAUAUUACGAAUACACUUGAUCUGUAUUUGUAUGUUUCAAGUUGCCAUAAAGGGCGUGGCUCUAGUAAUAAUCAUUCCACCACAUUUUAUCCAAAGAGAUAUGAGGCCAUUCACAUCCUCUGGAAGAGAACCUUCACCCUUAGACUACAUUAUGCUAUGAUGAAGUUUCUGCUGCACCCUCCUAAAUACUUUUUUUUCAAUGCAGCUUUUCUCUUGGUUUACUUUAUAUAAAUUUGUCAUCUGAUCUAUCGUAACUAGCACUGAAGAAAGUAGACAUUUUUUCUGUAGACUAAAAUGUGUCCUGAAUAAGUCACAUAAUGCCAAUCAAGAACUUAUUGUUGAUGUCAACGUCUCUGUGAAGGAUAUGGAGUUACUUCCAGAGGGAGACUUGACUCUUAUUGGUGAAAAAGGUGUGACGCUCAGUGGUGGACAAAAGGCACGAGUUUGUCUGGCAAGGUUGGUUUAAUUACAGACUGUGGUAGUUUUUAUGUAAAUCGAGUUUUUUAACUAGCUACUAACUAACUACGGUGCAGAAGAGUAAGAGAUAAUUAUUUAGAGGACAGGCCAAAUGAACUAAGAGUGAGCUAAAUGGCCCAUAGUACUCACAAGAUGCAGUGGAACAAACACUGAAGCGCUUUAAAACUAGGUCAGAUUUUUAGUCGACUGAGACUAUUUCUUUCCAUACAAAUCCUUAUAUUUCGAGCAUUGCAUAACGUAAACAUAAUCACAUGUUUACGGUGACCCAUAGUUCGAGUUUGGGUUACCUGUGGUAACGUGGCCGCCCACCUAAAACCACAGUGCGUAGUUCAUAAUCGGCUGCUGUCCUGGUUUUCGCGAAUUUUUCUUCUUUGUCACGACUUUCUUGAGUCAAGAUUGCCCUCUGGUACAGCUCGUAAUUGGCCAUCAAGCAAAAACGGAAUUUAUGUGGAAAUGUUCGUAGUUUGUCAUUUUCUUAUUUUAGGUGUUAUUUUCAUUUAUUACAGGGCUGUAUAUUUUAAAGCAGAUAUCUAUCUUCUAGAUGACCCUCUUAGUGCUGUAGAUGUCCGUGUAGGAAGGAAACUUUUUGAUGAGUAAGUCAGACAUAACAUCCAUGUUGGCAAAGGUUUUCUCGGUUUUUCUAUCGCUACCAGAAACACUCUUUGUUGAGAUUUUUCAACGAGAUCACUUGGAGCCGGGAUUUUAUUCAUUGAGCUGUACAGCGGAAUGUAUAUCGAAAGAGAACCGAAAAUUGGGAACUUUUUCAACACUUAGAGUAUGAUUACUUUGUACAGGUGCAUCGAUGGACUUCUGAGACAGUAUCCAAGAGUCCUUGUCACUCAUCAACUUCAAUAUCUUCGCAAUGCGACAGAAAUUUUAUAUCUUGAAAAAGUAUGUAACUGAUAGUAAGGCAAUGUUUAGAAAUUUGUCUAUGAAGGCAAGUCUGUGUCAAACCAUAAAAAAACUGAUUAAAACUUAAUUUUCGAACUACAUAAUACUUUAAACCAAGAAUUAAAGCUACUGAAAAAAAAUUAAUAAACACUCUGGCCAAGUUUUCAUUCUUUGCGGUUUUUAACUGAAGAGUUAUUCGCUAAAAUGUGUAACAUAAAUUUAUAAGGCCCACUAAAGGACAUAUGGAAUAGAAUAAGAAAUAUGGUCAGUUUUGAGCUCCGUCACGAAAUAGAGAAAGAUGUUUUUCGUCUUGUCACGAGCGUGGGACUGGGAAAAAAAUUGUGAUUCCCCAUAAGGUAUCGAACCUUCGGAUUCCGCGCUCCGAUACUCUACCAGUGAGCCACAGAGACUCUAUGGUGACUAAGGCCCAUUACGAGCCAGUUCAGCAGGAUUGUUAAUAGUGUCAUGUCUGAGGUUUGAUUCGUCACGAGGAGCCAGAAUUUUUCUUUGUCCCACGCUCGUGACACGACGAAAAACAUUUUUCUCUAAUUCUUUACUUACUUCAAAACUUACCUUCCGUCUCACUCUAUCAACAAAACAUAACAAUCGCCCAUCAAUCGCCCGAAAUAAAUUUUCUGAGGCAAAAAGAAAUGAAAACAGCUGUCUUUAGUGUUAGUUAGCAUGGUUUGAUGCAUUAUUUAGGAAUACCUCGGGACAUUACUAAGGAUGGGAUAACUCUCAUGCAUUAAGGUAAAAUUUAUAUUUUGACGGACAUGAACUGAUUGUGUGGAUCCUCUGAAUGGUUUUGGAUUGCAGGGGAAAAUUCAUAGUCGAGGAAGUUACACGGACCUUGCCAAUGCUGGUAUAGAUCUGGUUUCCCUGCUGAGGGUCCGCAAUGAUGAUAACGAUGACGAUGACGAUAACGAUGACAAAGAUAGUGCCAUUGACGAGGAUUCAGAGCCAGUACAACCUUAUCCAGUCCAUGAUGUUAUUUUUAGAAGAGGGAGUGGGGCGAAAGGUGUGAAUGCUUUCAACCGAUGGAGUACUGCAUCGUCAAUUGAUAUAGAGGGAGACUUCGAGGCCAUGGCUAACAAGGUAUGCUCACUCAGAACAAAAUUUUGGCUAGGUUGAAAAAGAAGGGGUACUACCUAAUUGCAAAUCACUUGGCUCUUCAUGACAUCGAAAAUGUGUUUUAAAAAAAGCAUUGCUUAUAAGAAUCCUUUUUUUUAUUGAAGUCCGACUUUUGAGUAACUUGUUUCUAAUAAUACGUGUCGAACUUGGACCAAUAUCAAAGACUAAGAGGAUAAAUCGCUUUAUCUUUAUCAAAAUAUAAUGAUUUUCUCUUAAGGCUAAAGAGAAGCCGCUGGUUGACACUGAAGAACGACCAAGAGGAAGUAUUGCAUGGAGUUUGUACGUGAGAUAUUUCAGAGCAGGAGGAAAUUAUCUGUUGUUACUUCUGCUUCUGGUACUUUGUGUAGCUGCUCAGGUAACACUGCUAUGUAUGCUGAAAUCUAACGAAGUGAGGUACGAUUCGUAGAAAAUUAAAAAAAUCGGUUGAGCGUUCAGCGCGAAGGAGUCUUAAAAUCAAGUGGUACAAACGAAAAUUUUGUUACAUCAUGGAAAAAUGUGGGGGUUGCAAAAACCUCUCUUUACUCGAAGUAAACAAAACCCAAGAGGAGAUUUUUAUUGUACCCUCGAAAAUUGCGGCCAGAAUGGGAAGAAAACUUUCUACUAUAGAAUAAUUAAUAUAUAAGACUCACGGGACACUUCUUCUAAAGUUUAUUAGCUCUAUAUCUGUUUUUAAGCGCAGUCUAGCCUUGUCUGCCACGAGUCUCCUAGAUCUCAGAGGUAGAGCAUCCGAACUGCUAAUCGGAAGGUCGUUGGUUCGAGUCCUAUUGGAAGUACAUUUACCUAGUUAGGCGGCUAAGCCUGUCAUGAGUCUCCUAUGACUCAGCGGUAGGGCAUCUGAAAUACUAAACGGAAGGUCGUCGGUUCGAGUCCUAGAGGAAGCACUCUGAUUUUUUAUUUUUUCUGAGUAUGCUUAUGUGAUUCACUGCAUGAAUACAUCAUCUUUUACUUAAAUCACCAGGCUUAACGUUUAUCAUCUUCAUUAACAUCAUCAUUGCGCAAGAGCAUCAAAUUCGACAUUUUUAUUCUCGCAGUAUACAUGUAAAAAGGGUGUCACGGGUAGCUUGCCACGAGUCUCUUGAAGCUCAGUGGUAGAGCAUCCGGGGUAUUACUCGAAAGGUCUUUGGUUCGAUGCCUAUUGGGAGCACUCGGAUUUUCUUUUUUUUCCGAGUAUGGCUGUGUCUUUCACUGAAUGCAUCCUCUACCAAUCUUAGCGGUGUUUUGAUUAAGCUUAUUAGAUAUUGUGAUUCUGGAUAUCAUAUUGUAGUCAUAGUAAUUAAUGGUUAAUUACUGAAAACUAUUUUCUUUGAAAAGUCCUCUUCGAGGUAUAAGCCUUUAUACGGGCCUAAGUGGCCCAUGGGGCCGGUGCUUAACUCCGGUUUUCUUAGCAUGAAGCGGCUAGGAGUAUUGCUACUCCCCCCUGGAUGGAAUGCACAUUUGUUGGUAGCCAUUUGUACACCUGGGUGAAGAGAAGCACUGUGAGAGUAAAGUGUGUUGCCUAAGAACACAACACAAUGACCCCAGCCAGGGCUCGAACCCGGACCACCCGAUCCGGAGUCGAGCGCACAAGAGAGCGUGGCCAUCAACAGAAAGACAGUUACGAAAAACUGUAAUUGGAGCACCAUGUAAUUUCACUUGUAUUACGUAAAAAUAAGGCACGCCAUUUCGUAAUCAGAAUCAAAAAUUUUUCCACUGAUUCGACCGAGAUCUUGCCUUUAAUGCCCUAGUUAAAUGAUAGAUUUCCGUUAAUGAGAAAUAUUUAGUCAUUCCUCUCUCUGUGUAGUCCCUAACAGUGUUUGCACGGAGUAUUGUUUACCGUUCAUUUUUUAACAUUAAGUUUUGUAUCACUCCUCAGGGUGUGUUCACCUUAAGUGACUGGUGGCUAUCACAGUGGUAAGAUGUCUUGGGUAUUAUCAAUCAUUUAGAACAGUUAACCCGGCAAACUUUACUCUUUGUGGAGAAAAUUCAACCCAUAAUGCCGUCACUGGCUGAUAAUUUUCAAAUGAAUAAAGGUGGUUAAUUUCUAUCAACUUUGGCCACUGUAAAGAGUUUAAAAGCUGACGUUUCGAGCGUUAGCCCUUCGUCAAUCGCUCUGACGAAGGUCUAACGCUUGAAACGUCAGCCAAUAAUUUUCAAGUCAGCGGAGGGUGCAACUUUCAAAUUUUAAAAAUCCUUGGUUAUCUUUACUGUAACCUAAUUCGGAAUCAUCUUAUUUAAUGUUCUUCGAAAAAAUCGUAAGCGUUUUUUAUUUAGUCAGUGUAGCAAGUAAUUGUAGUAUACUUUUUUAGGUCGAAUUCCCAAGGUCAAGAAAUGUUCGCUUUCAAAUUUGUUCAAGCGGCUAUGCAUGAUCCCACGAGUGGAGAAGCGAACGUACACAAGACUUACAUGAUCAUCUAUGGAGGUCUGGUGACAACAACUCUCCUUCUGUCGUUCCUCCGAGUUCUACUGUUCUUUCAUGUAGCUGUAACGUCGUCUGUCAAGCUUCACAAUGAUAUGUUUGAUGCUGUUAUUCGAGCACCGCUUUACUUCUUUGACACAAAUCCAGCAGGUAUGGUGAACAUGGUGAACAUUUCAAGCCAAACUUUGGAUCUGAUCUCUGUGUUUGAAGCCAGACAAAUUGGCGAAAUCGUUCUCCGUUAGUUUCCUCCUCUUCCAUUUGGUGGUUGACGAAAUUGUGGCAAAACUAGUUCUAAAUACUGACUCGAAGUAAUGAACUGAGUAGAUUCGCAAUGAGGCUGCGAUGGUAAGGAGCUUUACACAAUGAGACAGCACAUGACUAUGACUGGUUGACUAGGCAAAACCUGUCCAAGAGAUCAGAUGAACAAAUAGGUUCGAAGUUACCGUGUGUCUGUUCAGUAAUAAAAGAAAAUGACGUCAAAAGGUGGUUAAACAGUGGCACACGAGACGCAGCAGUGUAUCAUCAAUGUUCUUACCGCAUUUUGCCGUGUUAUGAUGUAUACCUGUACAGACGGACGACAAAAUGGAAUUCAAUUGUUUUAAAUAGUUAGGGAGGAAAAUGAUGCGGAGGCUAAUUGACCGGGAGGCUUACCGAGACUCGCCAUUUGCAAGUGAACAUGGCUGUGUCGUUGCGCGUUAUUCUUCAGUUUUUUUGGUGCGCGUUGGGGACUCGGUCUUUCACCUGUAUGCAUAGAAAGGCUUGCAUGCGCGUGGAUGGGUAUUGUGUCUGGUAAUUGAGGCACGCUGGACGCUGCUAGGCUUUGGUUAACUUUGUCGUUCAAGGUAAGGUUUAACUGUUACUGAGGAAAUGGUUUUCUUUUUGUUUUCAGGUCGGAUUCUGAACCGGUUCUCCAGUGACACUGCACACAUGGAUACCCUUAUUCCGGAGACAUUUUUUGACUUUCUUCAGGUGUUUUGAGUUUUAUUGCUUUUUCAGUUACUGCCAUCCACCCAUCGAGGAUAAAUGUAAUUUAAAUUCGCAGCCGAAAUGUAGUUGUAACUAUUAUAUUACGUAUCCAUUAACUUUGGAACAAUCAAACCUGCUGUACUGAUUCUCAAUUACUGAACACAAUACCCACCCACGUGCAAGCAAGCCUCAUUAUGCUUUAAUUACUCGAGUUAAUCUGAAUGUCAGUAUCAAACAUAUCUUACUCGCUGAUUUUGUUCUGCAUUUAGCUUGGUCUGUUGGUUGGAGCGGUGGUGAUCAUGAAUGUGAUAACAAUGCCCUUCAUCUUGGUGGGAGUGGUCCCUCUUAUACUUGUAUUUUGUUGUCUGAGAAACUAUUACCUGAAGACCACCAGAGAAAUAAAACGCCUUGAAGGCACAGGUAACCCAGUAAACGUUCCUUUUGUAAGUUUUUUUCAUAGACUGCGGCUGUCGUGUUUUUUUGCUAUGACACGAAUGCAUAUUGUGUCUGGUAUUGUCUGUGAGUGAAUAUUGUGCCUCAUUGUUUUUUUUUUUUUUUUUUUUUUUAAGGUGAUUUGAUAUUAUCAACGAGGUUGAUAACGUAAUUAAGAGUUUUAAAGCUGACGUUUCGAGCGUUAGCCCUUCGUCAGAGCUCUCCCACCGACGCAACACCACAGUUUCUUUAAAACUUACCGCCUUCAUUCUUUUUUUUUUUUAAGCCCGAAGCCCAGUGUUAUCUCACUUGGUUACAACAUUAGACGGCCUUACGCCCAUCCGAAGUCACAGUUUGCAAGACGUUAUGAUUCACGGGUUCAAUAUUUGUCAGGAUCGUCACACCCAAACAUGGUUUCUUUUUAUUGCCACUUCGAGAUGGUUGGCGUAUCGUUUGGAUUUCCUGUGUAUGAUAUUUGUGUUUAUGGCCUCAUUUACACCACUUUUCAUCGCUGAAAAAGGAGGUAAAUUAUACUAUACAAAUGUUUCUGAAUGUUUAGUUUCAAUGUUUGCGGGGUCUGGUACAAACUCAUUCAAAUUAUCCCAUUUAUUAUGGAGAACGAGGCAACGUGUGAUGUUGUACCUUACGGAAGUUUAUACGGAUUAAUUUGCUUUUGCUGGAUAUGGGAUGUUAUACCAUAAACAAAAGUAACAGAACAUUUCUGUUGUAUUUGUUAGUUAGCUCAGUUGUUCUCUGCAGUUGUAGUUUUUUUGUAUCUUUUGUUGUUGUAGUUGAUUUUGUUGUCGUUUUUACGUUUUAAACGUCCCUGGACAGUUUAUAUGAUUGUAUCAUAAAAAGGGGCCUCUCAAGCCGGGCAAAAUGUGACUGCACUUUCACUGUGCGAGGACCACUAAUUCACCCUCCGUUCAAACAACGAUUACCCGUCCGAUACACAAUAAUCGUUUAUGCAACGCACAUAGAGAGUCUCAUUGUACCAUUGCCUUUUUUUUCUUCCUAGCGGAAAUAGACGCAGGCUUGGUAGGGCUGUGCUUGACUUAUGCUGUUUUGUUAACUGGCCAGUUUCAGUGGUGUGUCAGGCAAAGUGCAGAGGUCGAAAAUCAGGCAAGUUAAUAGUUAGACUGAAAAUGUAAAAGUACAACAGGGCGCUCUUGCCUCUUAAGGUUUAAAAGGAGAAAAUAACAGUCACCUCACUAUUAAUUCAUGAAGCCUUAAACUUUCCCUCUUAUUUUUGAGGAGCACGUGGUGGAGGCAUAACGUUUUUCCUCUAUUUUGAUAACAUUUAGAUGACGUCAGUGGAGAGGAUAAUGGAGUUGUGUCGUCUAGAAUCUGAGGGGAACUGGCACGGCAAAGUAUCUGUCCCUGCUUCCUGGCCGCAGCUUGGUCUCAUAACUGCUGAGAGUGUGUCAUUCAAGUAUCAUCCUACUCUCCCACGAGUUUUGAAGAAUGUGAACUUUUGUAUUAGAGCACAGGAAAAGGUAUGUAAAAAGAGGAUUCUCUAGAAUACUUGGAGUGGGGUCGUGCUAACUCGGGAAAAGUCCUCAAUUGCUUCUACAGAGUGCUACUCGACGCUCCACGCAAUUCUAGACUUAAUACCCAUCAACCAACAAAAAUGCUCUCGGUGUCGAAGUUAAAUAACUUGUAUAAAUCAGUGUGCCUGCGCCGCAGACAAACUGCACUGAUCACGAUUGGCUGCACUGCAGGCUAUGAAUAAAGUAAUUUAAAAAGGCAAAUUCUUUACUGUAUAUUUAAGAGCGGAAAUGAUUUGUUUACAUUUGUAUGAUAAGCUUAAAUAUCAAUGUCAUACUCGACUGCGCCUCGUGUACCAUUUUUUCGUUCGUAGUUCAUUUUGAAGUUAUCUGUGUUCUACCACUGAAGAAAUCCACGGAAACAUGGAAUAUAUUUGUUAAUUAGUUACAUUUUGUAACAUUUGAUUGGACAGGUGGGUAUUGUUGGCCGAACUGGUGCUGGUAAAUCUUCACUGUUAGCAGCUCUUUUGAGGCUCGCUGAUUCAAGUGGAACGAUAAGGAUCGACGGCAUUGACAUUGCAGAUCUCGGUCUCCACGAGUUGAGGUCUAAAUUGUCAGUUAUUCCACAGGUAUGUGGUGAAUUAUUAUGAGCCUAGAACACCCCUGAUAUUUAUUUAUCGCGGUGAUCUUAUUGAUGCCUGAAAACAGACGAUUAUGGUCAUGUUAACUUGUGGAAUUUAGGCGGAUGAUAUAUUGAUUUUUCUGUCGGAUAAACGUAGAAAAGUGUGUUAAUCGUGGGAUACAUCAUCCUCAAAGACAUUUUUUGAACAGUCAACUGCCUGAAAAGAAGAAAGCUUUUCGCCUUCUACUUCAGCCGUACACUAGCUGUGAAAUUAGAUGGAGAUAUCUUUUCAGAGGAGAAGGAUGAACUGUGUCGUGGAACUUGUAGCUGACGAAAUUACAAAUUACAAAUCGUAAUCAUAUGUCGACGGAAAGACCCUAAAUCUUUGUUUCCAAGUAGGCGGACAUUAUUUCUAGGCUGCGACAACUUAACAUCUUCCAUCAGGUUUGUCGCCACUUACGUGUAUAAGCGCAAAUAUUGCACGAGCCUAUCAGCAUGGCAACAGCCUUGGUUGCGAUUUAUUAUAUUUAUAUAUUUAUAUUUUUUACCGGUUUGUUAUACCUUUUCUAUCUGCGCUUUCUACGACGACAUUUUAUCCACUGGGUAACGAUAUGUUGGUUGGCCAUUUUAUCAAUAGAUAAGUUCAUUCUUUGUUCGAAGAACUGAGGCAUGGUUGUCAUUACGUUUGUUGAAAGUUUAGGCGUCGUUGUAGGUAGUUUAUACGUUGGUUUUUUUGUUCGAGUGUUGAUAAUGAUGUUCAUAAAACAUGUGAUAUCAAAAGAAGCAACUGGAAGGUGCAUCGCGAAUAAAUUAGUGGAGGAGAAUUUCAACCAUAAUACGGUGUUAUAGUUUGAAUUCUCCUCCGCUAAUUUAUUUUUACACUUUUUUCUGAUCAUUUAUAUAAUAUCUUCAGGACCCUGUGCUUUUCAGUGGAACACUCAGGAAAAAUUUGGACCCAUUUGAUGAGUACAGUGAGAUGGACUUAUGGCGUGCACUGCAUGAGGUGAGACGCUGAACGGUACAUCAUAACCGGCAACAAUCGCCACCUUUUGCUCUUAUUCCAAGUUAUAUCUGUUUUAAACUUGUAUAAACAAAAAUAUUUUAGAAGUGCUACAGUAGGUGGUGCAAGUUCAGAAUCACUUGUGAUGCGCCUGGGGAUCGCUCGUUGUGAUGAACAUAGACGACACAUCGUGCAUGUUUUUCUCCUUAAUUGGUCUUAACUUUAUUGACAAACUCCUUUGAACUUAGAAGCACGUAAGUCCUAAGAACUCUGCUGUCAGCCAGUUCUGUCGGCUGCUGCUGCUUGACACACCUUCUGUCUGUCUUCCGUCUCUGACACCCAUGUUUAUAUCGUCUAACUGACUGACUUUGACUUCUCCACGCUGACUGCCUUGUGUGCCUCAACACUCUGAAAACUGUGGCUUUCAGGUGUUCGAAUCAAUCAACAUCCUCCUUUCUCUUCCCCCUUUUUGUGCUGUUAUUUUAAUAAAUUAUUCGUGGAAGUUUUCCUUUUUCUCUUCAUUACCUUUCAUCUCUUCCUUUUCUUGUUCAUGUGUCAGCUUAUUGGUGUAUAUAUGAAAUCAGCAUCGUUCCACAACAAUUCUAAUACCUUCCCAUAUCACCUUUUUGUGGCACUUUUCUCAUCAAUAUUUUCCCCAAUUUCGGUAGUCUUUUUAUUUUUCUACACAACGAUUUCCUAGGCUUUGUGGCCUUUUUGUGUAACAGAACUUGAUUGUUAUUUUCCGCGUUAUAUAAUUACAGGUUCAACUAAGUGAUAUGAUAUGCAGCUUGACUAAUGGCUUGGACAGUUUGUUAACUGAGUCAGGAUCUAACCUAAGUGUUGGCCAGCGUCAGUUGAUAUGUCUUGCACGUGCUAUUCUCAAAGGUAACAAGAUCCUUAUCAUGGAUGAAGCCACUGCUAACGUUGAUCACAGGUACGCUUCUUGUCCUGCACUUGACGCCACACUUAAUCGACAAACUUUAUUUAGAAAGGCGAGAGUAUUUUAUGUCUAGAAAUACUUUUGAGAUCGUAGUUGCUGCACUGAAUGCCUUUUCGCCGAAUGUCGUCCCGGUGCCACUCUUUCAAAUUUGGCAGAAUUAUAUCACUCAUUUUGGACUGAUAAUUGCCCCAAAAAUUCUGAUUAUUAACUAACUGUUUGGCUGCGGUAAUCUGCUACAGUCAUGAAAGGAGUUACUUAUGAAAAAGAAUGGUCUGACCAUCUCAGUCAAUGUCUAUAACAAUAUCUCGGAGAAUGGUAAUCAUGGAAACUGCAUUCAAUUAAUUUGUCGUAAAGCUAUAGAAGGUUUGUUUCUUUUAGCGAUCGUCAAGUUAACUUUCAUUGACCCUAACUCUUUCUCUAAGUUAAGAGUUGUUGGGCUUCCUUAGGAAGUUUUUAGGUAAGAUAUUCUAUCUGCCCCUUUUUCCUUACAGUGUAAACAAGAAAUAUACUCAGAGUCCUCCUUUCUUUUCUUCAUUAAGAUUUCUUUGAAGGUUUCGUUAUUUUAAGGCUUUCUAAUUGCGUGGCAGGGAUAUGAACAAUUUAUUUUUUGACUGUGAAUAUAUGAAAAUCAUAUAUAUGAACUGCGGAUUACGAAAUAUGAAUGAAAGCGAUCUUAAAAGUAAUGAACACUACCUAAGCAAAAAGCAGUGUUACUACUGUAAUCAAAGUCAUUUAUUCAUCACUUCACGGGUUUAUUAGGAACCGAAAUAAUGAUCAGCUCCCAUUUGGCUUGUUAGCUCAGCUGUUAGAGCACUGCACCGGUAUCGCAGAGGUCUAGAGUUUCUGAAUUUUUUCAGCCUUUAUUUUCACUCCUGCUUAAGUAGUGUUCAUUAUUGCGAAGAUCGCUUUCAUUCAAUUUAUUUUCUAUAACUUAAAUCGCGUUUGAUUUAUUUAGGACUGACUCCUUGAUUCAAGAAACGAUCAAGAGAAGGUUCAGUAAUUGUACUGUUCUUACAAUCGCCCACCGACUAAAAACUAUCAUGGACUGUGAUCGAGUUAUGGUAAACUGAUAAUCUGCGUGAUUACUAUAAUUACGGGCUUAUAUCGAAUAUUGUUAAUUAUGUUUAAAUUAUCUUUGAAAAACCACAAUUUUUAAUUGGUUACCUAGUUUCUUACCUAUUAUGUCAGAAACCUGCAAUGAGAAAGUUCGACGCGAGGUUCUUCUUUGCGCAUUUUUAUGCGUUAACAUAUAAAAUUUAAAAUCCGACUAAACUUCUAUCAACAUAAAAACCCUCUUUUUAUUCCUACUAGUUUAAGGAAGAGUGUUAUACAAAGAACUUUUCUUUAAAAAUGGUUCUUCGGAUUGCCAUAGUUCUUAUUGUCAAUACCUAAUGUACUUUGCACUCCUUUUAUUAUAACACAAAUCAUCACGUUUAGUAGUUAAAAGUAGAACAAAAACAGCAAAUGACAAAUUUGUCAGGCCAGGGUUAUAUUGACAUGAAUGGCUGUUCUGUCUUAUAUUUACAUAUAAUUUUGUAUGAUUAAAUCGCACCAUGAAUAUUUAGUAAUUGCCAAUCUGAUGGGCCAUUUUUUUUUCAAUUGUGUGGGUAGGGAGAGGGAGGAAGGGAACAUAGUCAAGCUGGAGGCCUUAGGAUUAGAUGAGGAUAAUUUAAAGGGAGCUUAUAUCAGAGACGAGAGUAGUCAUGAAAACGAAACGAUUAUGACGUUUACUUCAUUUUUUAUGGUUAAUAAGGUCCUGGACAGUGGGCGGCUAAAGGAAUUUGACGAGCCUCACUUGCUUCUGCAAAACAGAUGGGGUCAUUUUUAUCGCCUUGUGCAGCAGACAGGAUCCCUCACAUCUGCUCAUUUAGCGCAGGCUGCCAGACAAGCCUUUCUACGCCGGCAUCAGCCACAGGCUUCCUAUGCAGUUCCAGAUUCCUCGAGAAGUUAUCUGUCUUCAUACAUUCCCAUAACUGGCUUUACUGAUUUACAACUUGAAUCUUGUGUUUAAAUUUAUUUAUUAUUAUGUUAAAAACUUAAUUUAGAACAUGUGCAAUGUUGAAGAUUCAAUACUUUUGGGAAGUAAACUAUUUAUUAAUGUCCUCGAUUUGUCCAGGAAAUCGUGGGAACGCAAUUACCCAUCGUUACGUAUGAAAGUAUUCACAAUUACUUCUGCCUUAGACGAAUGUAAUUUGAAAACCUAUCAAAACAUUUAGUGGCCAUAAAUAACAAAAUGCAGGCGCUUUUAAUACGAUUUCUUUGUGUAUCAAUAUUCUCAAUAGAAUUAUUUUGUCGUGUUAGCUUGUGCGUCCUCGGUUUAGUAUGGAAAACUGAUAUUGCUCUCCAUUACUUUCUUGGUAUUCCUCAUUGAGUAAUCUUGAACGCGAAGGAUGUUAAGUAUAUUAUUAAUUCCAUUCGUGCGCGCUGGAUAUGAGAUGGAAGGUGCUGUAAGUGGCCAUAACUAUCUCGGUCCACCAACUGUGGACAGAAUAAUUGUUUUGUGAAAAAAACCAAACAGAAUAUGGUAAAAUGCGCUUCAAAACUUUGCAAACAAAUAGUACAACAGCUGUGAUAAAAUGGCCUGUACAAGAAUAAAAUCUCAUUGAAAUGAAAACAUACCUUGAAUAUGAGUUGCGAGAAGAUAGCGGAUAUACCUAUGAUACAAGCGCUGUCACUGUUGUAUAUUUUCACUCCUUUUGACAACAAUCUCGAUUGAAGAGUUCGCGUAUUGGAAUCAAAGAGUGCAUUUUAAGUUUGCUGGGCAGAAACUGGAUAUCUCUAUGAAGUAUAUUUCUCAGAAGAAUAUGUAUUGUGUACAUUACGAUGGUUAAUUAAUGUUUCGAGAUUUUUUCCGUUAACAACGUGGAUUACUUAGGAUAUUCGUAGAGUUUGUUUAUGGAUGGGUUUUAUAAAGUGUUAUUGAAAUUUGGAGAG